UAUCGCCAAAAGUAGUCGUUUGCUUGCUGCCUCGUCAGUGCAAAACAGCAGCACGGGCCGGCCGAUUGAGCGUCUCUGAAUAAAGGCCAGGCAAGACCUACAACAUGUCGGAUAUGGAAGAUGACUUCAUGUGUGACGACGAAGAGGACUACGACCUGGAAUACUCAGAAGACAGUAACUCUGAACCCAAUGUGGACCUGGAGAACCAGUACUACAACUCCAAAGCCCUUAAAGAGGAUGACCCCAAAGCAGCACUCAGCAGUUUCCAGAAGGUGGAGUGCUACUCCAGAAAAUGUAUUGGAACUUGAAGGAGAAAAAGGGGAAUGGGGCUUUAAAGCCCUAAAGCAGAUGAUCAAAAUCAACUUCAAGCUGACCAAUUUUCCAGAGAUGAUGAACAGAUAUAAGCAGCUGCUUACGUACAUCAGAAGUGCUGUCACCAGGAAUUACUCUGAGAAGUCUAUCAACUCCAUUCUGGACUACAUAUCCACUUCCAAACAGAUGGACCUGUUACAGGAGUUCUACGAAACCACAUUGGAGGCAUUGAAAGAUGCUAAAAAUGACAGACUUUGGUUCAAAACUAACACAAAGUUGGGUAAGUUGUAUCUGGAGAGAGAAGAAUAUGGGAAGCUGCAGAAGAUCCUUAGGCAACUUCACCAGUCAUGUCAGACAGAUGAUGGGGAAGAUGAUCUUAAAAAAGGCACACAGCUGUUGGAGAUCUAUGCUCUGGAGAUCCAGAUGUACACAGCACAAAAAAAUAAUAAGAAAUUGAAAGCCUUGUAUGAGCAGUCCCUUCAUAUUAAGUCUGCCAUUCCACACCCACUCAUAAUGGGAGUUAUCAGAGAAUGUGGUGGAAAGAUGCAUCUGAGGGAGGGUGAGUUUGAGAAAGCGCACACAGACUUUUUUGAGGCCUUUAAAAAUUAUGAUGAGUCUGGAAGCCCAAGAAGAACAACAUGUCUGAAGUAUCUGGUUUUAGCCAACAUGCUCAUGAAGUCAGGAAUCAACCCUUUUGACUCACAAGAGGCCAAACCCUAUAAAAAUGAUCCAGAAAUCCUAGCAAUGACAAACCUUGUAAGCGCCUACCAGAACAAUGACAUCACUGAAUUUGAGAAAAUAUUGAAAACCAAUCACAGUAACAUAAUGGACGACCCCUUCAUUCGAGAACAUAUAGAGGAGCUCCUGCGGAACAUUAGAACUCAAGUCCUUAUCAAACUCAUCAAACCAUACACAAGAAUACACAUUCCUUUCAUUUCAAAGGAGCUGAACAUUGACGUGUGUGAUGUGGAGAGUUUGCUGGUGCAGUGUAUUUUGGAUAACACCAUCCAUGGCCGCAUUGACCAGGUCAACCAGCUUCUAGAAUUAGACUACCAGAAGAGAGGAGGGGCACGCUACACAGCUUUAGACAAAUGGACAAAUCAGCUGAACUCUCUCAACCAAGCCAUUGUUAGCAAACUCACAUGAUGGCUUAUAAAAUAUGCGGUGGAGAAUGGCAUGUUUGAGUGCAUCUAUAGCGUAUGCUUCUGUGAUCCAUCAAGAAUACCCACCAAGACGAGACACCCAGCACAUUUUAAGGAGUACCACCGAUACAAUCUGCAGAAACUUACUAAUAAAUAUGUUACUUUGUCCCGAA